AAGAUGGAUUGACAAAACCAAGAUGACUGAUCCCCAAAAUCUUUCCUAAGAUAGAAAAUGAUCUAAGAUUCAGGGCUGAUCAAGGAUGGAUUACAAAACCAGCAUUGAAUUUCGACCAAUCAAAAUGGAGGUCCAAACGGAGGCGGAGGUUGAUUCAAGGGUAGAGAACCAAACAAAGACGGAGGAACAAUCUGAAAUGGAAGACAAACACCCAGUCGGGGACAAGAGUGUUAUGCACAGCAUGUAUCAUCACAUCAAACAGGAAGACGAUGUUCCAGAAAAUUUAUCAUCUUCAAGCUCCAAUGACAUCAACAAUCCACAGAUGUACAUAUAUAACUCGUCAGAUUCUCCAAAUACUUCUACUGAUGAUAUUGAUCAGAGGAGUCGGUAUCCAGAGACUACUCAAUACAGUAAUGGUGAGGUGGACCACGAUACAUCUACAGGUGACAGCACGGACGACAUCUGUGUGUCUUCAGACACCAGCACGCUCGAUAAAUCCUAUCAAUGUAAAAACUGCAAGGAGUGUUUCAAUACAAAACAGAAAUUACAAAUCCAUUUCAGAAUACACAAAAUAGAAUAUCGACAUAAAUGUGAGGUGUGUUUGACAGAGUAUACUUCAUCUAGAAGUUUGGUCAAUCAUAUGAGAUCCCACAAGGAAAAGACUUAUAUUUGUGAUGUGUGUGGCAAGGGUUUUACUAUAGCGGUGUACUAUAGAAAACAUGUCCUUAUGCAUAGCAGCAGUCAUACUUGUGAAUUAUGUGGCAAAAAAUUAAAAACUGAUAAAAUUUUGAAGGUACAUAUGAAGUCCCACAGAGAUGAACGUCCCCACAAGUGUGACCUCUGUGGUAAAGCCUUCAAUCAAGCUGUUUCUUUACGAAGACACACACUUAUACAUACCGGAGACAGGCCAUACAAAUGUGAUAUAUGUGAUAAAGAAUUUGGAGACCAAGGAACUCUACAGAACCACAAAAGGACUCAUACGGGUGAAAAACCAUUCCCCUGUGAUAUAUGUGGGAGACAUUUUGGACAAAUAGGACAUGUUAGAAAUCACAAGAAAACACAUACAAAGACAGCUGAGAAACCAUUCAAGUGUACAAUUUGUGGGAAGGGGUCAACCAGUGCUGGAAAUUUACAGAAACAUAUCCGAGUCCAUACUGGAGAAAAACCUUUCCAUUGUGAUAUUUGUGGAAAAGGUUUCAGCGAGAUAGGCUCUGUGAAGAAACACAAAAGGGUACACACAGGUGAAAAACCAUUCAAAUGUAAUAUCUGUGGAAAAGAAUUUAGUGAAUCCGGGUCAGUUAAGAAACAUAUUCGUAUUCACACAGGUGAAAAACCUUACUUAUGUGACAUAUGUGGGAAAGCCUUUAGUGAGACGAGUGGUUUGAGGGCACAUAGGAUGACACACACGGGUGAAAAGCCUUACAAUUGUGGGUUUUGUGGCGAUAGUUUUAUUCAGGCUGGGAACCUACAGAGUCAUUUACUGAAGCAUGUAUCUUAUACUGGGGAAAUUGAUACAAAGGAACUAGGGUACCCAGACUCAAUUUUACCUCGGACAAAACAGAUAAAAUGAGUCGUGUUUCAGUUUACAGUAAACCCUGACAGCACAGUCUACCCAGACUCAAUUUUACCUCAGACAAAACAAAGAAAGCGAGUCAUGUUUCAGUAUACAGUAAACCCUUACAGUACAGUUGACCCAGACUCAAUUUUACCUCAGACAAAACAGAGACAGUGAGUCAUGCUUCAUUAUACAGUAAACCCUGACAGUACAGUAUAGACUCAAUUUUACCUCAGACAGAACAGAGAAAGUGAGUCAUGCUUCAGUAUACAGUAAACCAUGCACACUAUAAGAUCAUGUGAUAGCUGUAUAACACCAGCUGUAUAUGGCUAGUCAUUCAUACAAUUAUGUGACACACAGACAUGAUGUGUAUAUUUAGCUAGUGACCCACAGGAAAGGCAUGUGACAAGCCAUACAUGAACCAGGGUAAUCUGUCUCGAGCCCCCUUUUACCAGGAUAAUCUGACACAAGCCCUUGUUUGACCAGGGUAAUUUGACACAAGCCUUUGUCUUACCUGGGUAAUCUGACAAAAGCCCUUGUUUUACCAGGGUAAUCUGACAAAAGCCCUUGUUUUACCUGGGUAAUCUGACAAAAGCCCUUGUUUUACCAGGGUUAUCUGACACAAGCCCUUGUUUUACCAGGGUUAUCUGACACAAGCCCUUGUUUACCAGGGUUAUCUGACACAAGCCCUUGUUUACCAGGAUAUUCUAAUACAAGCCCUUGUUUACCAGGGUUAUCUGACACAAGCCCUUGUUUUGCCUGGGUAAUCUGACAAAAGCCCUUGUUUUACCUGGGUAAUCUGACAAAAGCCAUUGUUUUACCUGGGUAAUCUGACAAAAGCCCUUGUUUUACCAGGAUAAUUUUGACAAAAGCCCUUGUUUUACCAGGGUUAUCUGACACAAGCCCUUGUUUUACCUGGGUAAUCUGACAAAAGCCCUUGUUUUACCAGGGUUAUCUGACACAAGCCCUUGU